AUGAGUAGCCUUCAACAUGCUACUCCGCAGGUCCCACCACAGCAGUCCUCUCUUUCAUUCACACAAGGUUUUCUACUCGGCCAAGUAUCCGUCGUGAUCUUGAUCGGCUGCUUCAUCAAAUUCUUCAUCUUCGGCGACCCCCCUUCCCCCGAAACCACAGCCUCAGCACGCGCCCUCGCACGUCGAGAUCGCAGCCGCUCCGUCUCUCACACUUCCUCCUCGUCCAGCCCCCACAAGCUCAACAGCCAACGCUCCGCCUCCCACGUCCUACGGCCUCCGCCGAGACUGACGACCGCUACGAUUCUCUCGAAGACGUAUUACAAUGUCGAUUCCCACCAACAGGAGAGUCUGGAUUGGUUUAACGUCCUGAUUGCGCAGACGAUCGCGCAGUUCAGGAAUGAUGCGCAUGACGACGACGCGAUAUUGGAAUCUUUGACCGGGAUUCUGAAUGGGCAGCAGAAACCGGGCUUUUUGUCGGAUAUCAAAGUUACGGAGAUCAGUCUGGGGGAGGAGUUCCCGAUUCUGAGCAAUUGUCGGGUACAUCCCGUGGAUGAUGGUGAUACGAAUGGGCCUGAGGGGCCGAGGUUGCAGGCGAGGAUGGAUGUGGAUUUGAGCGAUUUUAUUACGUUGGGGGUCGAGACGAAGAUUAUACUCAACUAUCCUAAGCCGCUCACCGCUGUCUUGCCCGUUGCGCUGGCCGUUUCGGUCGUCCGCUUCUCAGGCACACUGUCAAUAUCCUUCCUGCCCUCGCAUUCUACGCCCGCCAGCACUCCGUCCGGCGCACCGCACCAGCCACCUUCGAUCACACCUACGACCCUCGCUUUCUCGUUCCUCCCAGACUACCGCCUCGAUCUAAGCGUGCGCUCUCUAGUCGGCUCACGAUCCCGCCUACAGGAUAUCCCCAAAAUCGCACAACUAGUCGAGAGCAGACUGCACGCCUGGAUCGACGAGCGCUGCGUUGAGCCAAGGGUGCAGCAAGUCGUCCUGCCAAGUCUAUGGCCGAGAAAAAGGAACACGCGGGGUCCUGGAUCCGCGGACGAUGAGGAAGCCGUGCCGAAGGAUGUUAUGAGGGACGUGAGGGAGGAGGCUAGGAAAGAGAUGGAGUCGUCGGGUAUCAGCACUAUAUUUCCAAGUGAAAUCCAGCAGCGGUCCGAGACUCAUCAGGACGCUCCCGUUCCAUUGGACGAAUCGACACCAUCUUUCGGUAUCCCAAGGGGAGAAGGUGGCAUUGAGAGUUGGUUGGAGGGUGGGGAGACAGGCGCAGGCGAUGCCGACGGAAAUUUUGACGCAGGAACAGAUGAUGGGGCGGACGUAGGACCAGGUUACGUCGGUUUGGUUGAGGUUGGCUAUGGUCCAGAAUGCAGCGACGAAGAAGAUGCAACUCAGAGCAACCUUCUUGCGUAUGGGGAGGCGGAGAUGUCAAACCUCCCAAAUCGGUUGGAUGAGGAUCUGCGCAGAUUUCGGAGUCAGCAUUGCUUAUUUUUGAGGUGGGAAUUGGAGUUGCGAGACAGGUUUAUGGAGUUGAACGUCUUCUUGCUCCGAAACAUGUCUAGCGACCCACCUUCAACACCAAAUAGGAAGAAUCAGCUCCGAGAUGCAUUGCCGUUGAUGCACUUGGCGCCAGGGUACGGGUUCGGUCCAGGCCGCUUUGAUGGGAAGGCAUUGGAAGAUGGUGGCGAAGACGGAAGCGGGACACCAGGACACGACGAUAGCCAAAAAGACCCAGACGCGUUUUCUUGA